AUGUCUCAAGAAUAUGAUGUUUUCUCCAGCGUCACAGACUUUUAUGAGAAUGUUGUGGAUACUACCCUCUGUUCAGACAGUGAGGAUUUGUUGUUAAACUUGAUUCAUUUAACAAAGGAGUCAAAGAACACGGCUUUAAGAUCACAAGCACAGCUGCUUGGCUUGGAUGCACUCACAGAUAAGCAGCUCGUUCAAAUGCCCAUCAUUAUAGGCAGACAUGUCCAACAAAUGAAUGCCAAAGUCUACCAAUCAAUAGAAAAUAUCGUUACCUUGUACUGGCAUACUAUUUGGGAUCCCAAGUUAUUAACUCAUGAUGCACAACAAGAAGAUCUGAUUCUAUCCUUUUUAUCUUCUUUUAACGGCAUUGUCGCUAAAAAGUUGAUUGAAGAAAUUGAUGACUAUGAACUUUUGGAGAUAAUCAAGUCCGACAUCAUCAACACCUCGGCUGAGCAACUAUUAGACGAAAGUACUAUUGUGGCCUCCGCUUAUUCUUGGUUAACCCAAUGGUUCAAGUUUCCUUCUAACUCUGCAUUUAGAAAAUCAGAUCUCGAGGUUGAUUUCUUGAGACACUACCUUUCGGAAAUCAGAACAAAUCUCUUAAUGGAGCUUCAUAUCCAGUUUAUGGAUUUCUUUAGCAAAAUUGAAACUGACAUCUUUGAUCAAUUAUCUUCAUAUUAUGAUCAAUAA